ACCAAAAUUUCCCCCAUCCAUCCGCCUCAAUAUAUCAGGUCACUCUACCUUGGACCAUAGCAUCUGGUGUGGCUUGGGGAGUACGUCGAGUCACGACAUUUCUUUUUUUCUUCCUUUUCUUCCUCACCAUCUAACUCGACCUUAGACAGUUGCAGGCAGACUGUCCUUGAGCAUCUCGUUGAUCUACGCGUUUCUUUCCGCCACUCUCAAUCCACGAACCCGAUAGUCCGAUUAUCCAACAUCUCCAGAAUGUCUGACCUCGCGAGUCGCAUUACGAAGCCUGACGAAGCGGUUCAGGCCGAGACUCAACCCGAAGCUGAUGCUCCGGCCGCCGAUGCUUCUGUCGCCGAGGCUCAGAAUGACGGUGCCAUUGAGGAGCUCGGUGGCUCUGGCCUGCAGGAGCCUGAGUGGGAUGUCGAGGUCUCCCUUAGCGAUCUUCAGAACAACGAAGCUACACCUUUUCACUCUGCCACGCAAUGGGAGGAUAUGGGCCUUUCCGAGGACCUCCUAAAGGGCCUUCUGGCUCUCAAGUUCUUGAAGCCUUCGAAAGUUCAGGGAAAAUCUCUUCCUCUGAUGCUUAGCGAUCCUCCGAGGAAUAUGAUGGCCCAAUCCCAAUCAGGAACUGGAAAGACCGCAGCGUUUGUUACUGCCAUUCUGUCGCGUGUCGAUUUCAACAACCCCGAUCAGCCUCAAGCCCUUGCCUUGGCACCCAGCCGAGAGCUGGCUCGUCAGAUUGAAGGUGUCAUUGGUGCUAUUGGUCGCUUUAUCAAGCCCCUCAAGGUUGCCGCGGCCAUUCCAGGUGCUUUGCCCCGUGACCAGCCAGUUCGAUCUGCAGUCAUUGUUGGAACACCCGGUACUGUCAUGGACGUCAUCCGACGAAGACAGUUGGAUGUCUCUCAGCUCAAGGUUCUCGUCUUGGAUGAGGCCGACAAUAUGUUGGAUCAGCAAGGAAUGGGCGACCAGUGCUUGAGAGUCAAGAACAUGCUGCCCAAGUCUAUUCAGAUCCUUCUGUUCUCAGCCACUUUCCCCGACAAAGUUGGCUCAUAUGCCCAGAAGUUCGCACCAAACGCCCACUCACUGAAACUCCAGCGCAACGAGCUUACGGUCAAGGGCAUUUCGCAAAUGUUCAUUGACUGUGCUGACGACAAUAUCAAGUACGACGUUCUCUGCAAGCUUUACGGUCUUAUGACUAUUGGCCAGUCGGUCAUCUUCGUCAAGACCCGUGAAAGUGCCAACGAGAUCCAGAGACGCAUGGUAGCUGAUGGACACAAAGUUUCCGCCCUGCACGCUGCUUUCGAUGGUAAUGAAAGAGAUGAGCUGUUGGCUAAGUUCCGACAAGGCGAGAACAAGGUUCUCAUCACUACCAACGUCCUCGCCCGUGGUAUUGACGUGUCGACCGUUUCCAUGGUUAUCAACUACGAUAUUCCGAUGAAAGGCCGCGGCGAUUCCGAACCAGAUGCUGAGACUUACCUCCACCGUAUUGGCCGAACUGGACGUUUCGGCCGUGUCGGAGUCAGUAUCAGCUUCGUCUAUGACAAGAAGAGCUUCGAUGCCCUCAGCAGCAUUGCCAACACCUACGGUAUCGACCUAGUUCGUCUCGAUACUGACGACUGGGACGAGGCAGAGGAGCGAGUCAAGGAGGUCAUCAAGAAGAACCGAGCUCAGGCUGCUUAUGCUCCAAGUGCUACGGACAACGCGGCCAAGGCACAGGCACCCUAGAAAGGUGACAACGACGCAUGGAUGACUUACUAAAUUGGCGGCGAUCCUCUUUGUUUCUUUUGUUCUUUGCUUUGCUUGAUAAGAACGCCGCAAUUUCGCACUUGAUGAUGGAUGGUAUGAUAAUGGGGUUUAUACAACUGAAUCUGUAGAGUGUGGCACGACAAGAUACCAAAAUUUGCAGAGUUGUGCCAUUGCAGGACGGCUGAAAAAGCUAAAAAAUGAUAAAUAUUCUGCCUUUUCGUGGCGUUUAU